AUGGGUUUAUAUUCUCCUGAAUCUGAAAAGUCCCAAUUAAAUAUGAACUACAAUCCAAAGGAUAAUUCGCAAUCCAUUUUCAGACGUUUGAACCAGAAUUUGAAAGUCAACAACAAUAGCAACGAUAACGAUAGAAGUGGUAUGAACAUGAGUGAUUUUAGCAAUGCUUCACCAUACGGGCGUUCGUACAACGUUAGAAUUAACCAGAACUCACAGAAUAAUGGUAAUGGAUGUUUCUCUGGGAGCAUUGACUCCUUGGUUGACGAACAUAUAAUACCAUCUCCACCUUUGUCACCCAAACCAGAGUCAGAAUUGCACCAUAAUGGCAUAUCCCAGAUAUCUUCCUCAGCACUGGUGGAAUCUACUCCCAAAGGCCUAGUAGAGGAUGUACUGUUCGUAAAACCUGCAUGGCCGAAUGGGUUAUCGAGGAAAAGAUAUCGUUACGCUACUUAUGGGUUUUUGUCGCAGUACAAAAUUUUCAGCAAUUUGGUUCAACCAUAUUCUAAGAACAUUAUCAACAGGUACAAUAACUUGGCCUACAAUGCUAGACAAAAAUACUCUAAAUUUAAUGAUGAAAUGACUCCUUCUUCCUCUAGAUUACCUUCCCCAAUAGCAUCUCCUAAUUUGAAUAGACAAGCGAGAUAUGAUAUGAGGAAACAAGCAUUUUACAAUAACAAUUUGGAGAAGUUUGAAUCAGAUACCGAAUGGAUACCCCGUAAACGCAAAGUAUACUCACCGCAAAGAAGAACGAUGACUACGAGUCCUCAUCGUGUUAAGAAGUUCUCGCCCUCGGCAUCCGCCCCUCAUACUAAUAUUGCGUCCAUCGAGGCGAUUCAUGAAGCCCCUCAGUAUAUACCUAAUGUCUCAUGGAAGAAACUACCAGACCUAUCUCCGUCUUUAACUACCCUUCCUGCAGACUCUAAUAAAUCACUAAAAAUCGAGUGGAAGGGGUCUCCAAUGGACCUCUCCGCCGAUCCAUUAAGGGACGAACUACAUCCUGCUGAGCUAAUGUUGGCUCAAACUUUACGGUUACCUUGCGACCUAUAUCUGGAUUCCAAGAGAAGGUUAUUUUUGGAGAAAGUUUAUAGAUUAAGGAAGGGACUACCAUUCAGAAGAACUGAUGCUCAGAAAGCCUGCAGGAUUGAUGUAAAUAAGGCAUCCAGACUGUUCCAAGCUUUCGAGAAAGUUGGUUGGCUACAGGAUUCAAAUUUUACUAAAUACUUAUGA